GUGACCCCAAAGAGGCCAGGCUCAGAGAGGUAAAAUGAUUUAUCUGAAAACACAAGGUGAAGCCAAAAUUUGAACCAAGUCUCUGAAUCCAGAACUCAUGCUAUUAACCAAAGUGUGAGUACAAGGUGGGCUGCCUCAGAACCAUUUUGGAGAGCUUGUUAUAAAUGUAGCUUAUUGGGCCUUACCCCUGGGGGAUUUUGAUGUAGUAGGACUAGGGGUGAAGAGUGUGAUUGUAGUUUUAACCAGCCCUGUAGUUGAUUCUGAGGUGUAGAGAGAUUCGUGAACCACUGUUCUAAACACCACCAUGUGAUGCUGAAGGUUAUGAGUAAAUGGGCCUGUCAUCAGUGUAUCUGUCCAUGGCAUAUCUGUCAUGAAAUGUAACUCCAGAGCACAGGUUCCUACCCGCGGUCCUUCCUGGAAUUGUAUGCAAAGAAUCUGGACUCCGUACAUUCUUCUGAGUCCACAGCUUUGCAGAUUUUCAAAUGGGUCUGUCAUAACAUCUUCCCUCUUCAAGCCAUGCUUGACGAAGAAGUGUGAGAAAUAAAACCCCAUUUAACCUAACCCCCAAACCACAGCUCUCUGUUGCUGAUAUAGCUCUUUCAUUUCCUGGCUCAAGGACAGGUUGCUAGGUUGCCCUUCUGUGAGCUCUUCAGGGGACUUCUCCUUUGCUGGAUUUGGCAUCACUGGCCCCAGAGAAGGAGCAACUCCAUGGAAACGGCAUGCAGGGUUGUCCAAAGUGAAUGGCCGUGAAGGCAGUAGCUGGAAAACCUGCUCCAUUUUUCCCUGACUUAGAGAGCAGGUAUUACUUCCUUUAUGUAUAGUGUGGCUAGGAGGCUCCUGUGGGGCUUGUUCUUGACUCCUGAUGUUUAGAAGCAAGUAAACAGUCUGAUGCCCUUCAGCUGCUGUUGGCUUCAUCUUCAGUCUGCCAAGUUUCUUCCAUCUGCACCCAGUUGUCUUCAGCAUGGGGGAGCAGAACGACUCUCCUGGGAAGGAGCUUCAGCACAGGACACGAGCAGAGGCUCCAGGAAAGAAAAGCUGGCAUUCCCAGGCCUACGCCCUUGGGGCCGUUUCCAACUUUAUGUCUACUUUUCUGACCUUUCCUAUCUAUAAGGUUGUGUUCCGGCAACAGAUCCAUGCCAUGGCAGUGUCAGAGGCUGUGAGACAGCUUUGGCACGAAGGUCCUCAAUACUUCUACCGGGGAAUCUACCCUCCUCUUCUCUCCAAGACGUUGCAAGGGACUCUUCUGUUUGGGACUUAUGAUAGCCUGCUGUGCUUUCUCUCUCCUGUUGGGCCACACACCCUGGGACACCGCUGGGCUGCAGGGCUCAUGUCUGGCAUGGUGGAGGCUGUGGCACUCAGCCCCUUUGAAAGGGUGCAAAAUGUGCUCCAGGAUGGUCGCAAGCAAGCUCGCUUCCCCAGCACCUUCAGCAUUCUCAAGGAAUUCAACUCUUACGGGCUUUGGGGGCGGCUGUCACUGGGUUACUAUCGUGGUUUCUGGCCUGUCCUGGCCAGGAACAGCCUGGGGAGUGCUCUAUAUUUUUCUUUCAAGGACCCCAUCCAGGAUGGCCUGGCAGAGCAAGGCCUGCCCCAUUGGGUUCCUGCCUUGGUGUCUGGUAGUGUCAAUGGAACAAUCACCUGCCUAGUUCUGUAUCCUCUGAUUGUGCUGGUUGCUAAUAUGCAGUCCCAUAUUGGAUGGCAGAACAUGCCAAGCCUGUGGGCCUCUGCUCAGGAUGUGUGGAACACUCGGGGUCGAAAGCUGCUCCUGAUCUACCGUGGAGGCUCCCUGGUCAUCCUAAGGUCCAGUGUGACAUGGGGCCUCACUACGGCAAUCCAUGACUUCCUGCAGAGGAAGUCUCGCUCCAGGAAAGAGCUGAAGACUGACUAGCUGCAGAAAGUGUGGCCAUGGCAGCUUUGUUAUUCUAAAUCUUCCCUGGUUGGUUCUAUAUAGCUUACUUCUUUGGCUCAGUUGCCUAAUACAGCCAUCCUUUAGCAUCUGUAAACUCAUUGCAUGGGAGAAGUUCCCAACUACCAACCUGUUGAGCAAGGACAAAGCCCAACAGGAUUCCUUAGUCAAAAAGAAAUGUUUGCCCCAGUCUCUCCACAGCUUCAGUAGCCUCAGUGCCAGGAAGCCUUUAAAUAACAUGUAACCCAGAUUAAGUGUCAUUCCUUUAAGGAAUUCCUUGGCAAUAAGUGGAAACUUAAAAAGAUGACCUUACUUAGGCACUUUGAGCUUUGGGGCCCCUCUAGGUGUCCUCCAGACCAAAUUGAGUGGAACUCCAAUUUCAAAGAACUAUGCUUGACUCUUAGGAUGGGAAUUCCAUAAAACUUCUCAGAUGGCUACAUUUUCAUGACAUUGUUCACUGCCUCUACCACCACCUCUCACUUCUCAAGGCUGUGGGUCCUACUUUCAGGGUAGCAGCUGUGACUGGAAAUCCCAAAUUAGGCUUGCAUGAACUCAUCAGGUGCCAUAAGAACUAGUGGGGCUGGAGAUGGGAGUGCGAAGAAGUGUGGCCCAUGGAUGGAAAGGAUAAAACUUUGAAAGAAGAGAUUUAAUUACAUGCAAAAUAGAAACAUUUGCUAUAGUCUGCUUGUUGUUAUCUGCUAGGACAUUUCUGAGAGCAAGGUGAUAACAUUGCCUAGAAACCAUUUGAGUUUCCCUAAAAAACCUGGAAGUGAAGUAAGUGACCAUAUCUUUUCACAGAUAAUUGCAUAUUUUGUUGAUGUGGUUAAUGUAGUUACUAUGACAUAAAGAUCAGAAAUCUUAGCCUGUCAUUCACAGCCUUUCAAAAUAUGGUCCUUAUAUAACUUUCAACAUAUUGUCACUCCACUUACAUAAACCCCAAACACUAGCCAUAAUGAACUCUUGUUCUCUCCCCAGACAUUCCAUGAACUUUCCCAUGGCCAUACUUUGGCCCAAACUAUUCUUUCCACCUGCAGUGCUCCUUCUUCACAUGCCAGUCUACCAAAAUCCUUCCAGCUCCUCAAAGCCCAGGUCAGAGGUCACCUUCUCUAUGGAGCCUCUUGAUUUCCCCCAACUGAAUGUGACAUUAGUCUCUGUGACAUUAGUCUCUUUAACAUUUGUUUCUGUGAUGCCCCUUUCUUUUUCUUUUCUUUCUUUCUUUCUUUUUUUUUUUUUU